CAUCUAUGCACACGCCUCAGCCUCCUGCUCAGUCUUUUUGCCUGGAAAGGUGGCUGCAGCACAGAGGUUGGACUGGUUGAGGUUAAAAAAAAAAGAAAAGAAAAAAGGCCCACUCUGUUUUGCUUCCUCAUCAUUUUUCUUUUAUUUAGACUUCAACUCUUUUGGGAAAUUGUUGGUUAAUCCAAAUCCCAUCAUGCAUAUGUGUGUGCGUGUCCUAUUCUCUUUGGUUACCAGCAUGUUCCAAGUUAUUAACCUCAUUCAUAUCUACAGAUUUCUUUCGAUAACAUGAUUAUGAAUGUAAGGGUGGAGAUCACACUCAUCACUGGGUGGUUAUAGUCGGUCUCUGUAAUGCACCUCCCCUCUUCAGCCUGAUUACAUACUUUUUUUGUGUUUGUGCAAGAGAAGAAGGGAGAAGUUUGUGACAGGAGUACAUUUCUGAGCUAAAUUUUGAAACAAGCCUUUGUUGGGUGGGAGUCAAACAGCUUUGCUUAGUUAAUCUUUUAAGAUAAUUUGGAUACUUUUGGAGUCAUUUUUAUCCUCUGUGGUCACCAUGCCUUCUUACAUAGUGACUAUUGCCACAGGGAACCAGUGGUUUGCAGGAACGGAUGACUACAUCUACAUUACACUGGUGGGCACAGAGGGGUGCAGCGAGAAAACGCUGCUCGAUAAGCCUCUGUAUAAUGACUUUGAGAGGGGGGCGGUUGACUCCUAUGAUGUGAGUGCUGGGGAGGACCUAGGAGACAUUGUGCUGGUAAAGGUCGAGAAGAAGAAAUAUUGGAUGCACGAUGACUGGUACUGCAGAUACGUUACAAUCAAAACCCCCUCUGGAGACUAUGCAGAGUUCCCGUGCUUCCGCUGGCUGGUGAAUGACAAGGAAGUGGUGCUGCGGGAUGGACAAGCAUUUCUGCCCCAGGAUGAUAAAACCAGCCUGGUCAGGCAGCACAGGCAAAAGGAGCUGGAUAUGAGGAGAAAAACAUUCAGAUGGAAGGAGUGGCAGCCAGGUUUUCCCAUGAGCAUUGAUGCAAACAGACACAAGGAUCUGCCCCGAGACAUCCAGUUUGACAGUGAGAAGGGAGUGGACUUCAUACUCAACUACAGUAAGGCAAUAGAGAACCUGUGUGUGAACCAGUUCAUGCACAUGUUCCAGUCCUCCUGGAGUGAUUUCGCUGACUUUGAGAGAAUCUUUGUAAGAAUCAAAAACACAAUCUCAGAGUAUGUGAUGCAACACUGGAAAGAGGACUUCAUGUUUGGAUACCAAUUCUUGAAUGGUUGCAACCCAGUGGUGAUCCAGAAGUGCACCAAACUUCCGGACAACUUUCCUGUCACUGAUGAGAUGGUUUCCGUCAGCCUGGAGAGAGGACUGACUCUGGAGCAAGAAUUAGAGAAGGGUAACAUCUACAUAGCAGACUACAAGGUGUUAGAUGGCAUUAAGGCAAACCGCACAGAUCCAUGCACACUGCAGUAUCUGGCAGCUCCGAUCUGUCUGCUGUACAAGAACACUCAGAACAAGAUAAUGCCCAUAGCCAUACAGCUCGGCCAGACACCAGAUGAAAACCCAAUCUUCUUUCCCACUGAUGAUCACUAUGAUUGGCUGUUGGCUAAGAUUUGGGUCCGCUCGGCUGACUUCCAACAUCACCAGAACAUAACACACCUUCUCAGGACACAUUUGAUCACCGAGAUGUUUGCCAUCGCCAUGUACAGAAACCUUCCUGCUGUUCACCCAGUGUUCAAGCUUCUCGUUCCUCACAUACGUUUCACCAUUGCUAUCAACACCAAGGCCAGAGAGCAGCUCAUUUGUGAGUGUGGAAUCUUUGACAAGGCAAAUGCAACAGGUGGAGGUGGUCAUGUCCAGCUUGUCCAGAAGGCCAUGAAGUCUCUGACCUUCAGGUCUCUCUGCUUCCCGGAUAUGAUCAAGACCCGAGGUGUGGACAGCAAAGAGGAGCUGCCCACCUACUUCUACAGGGACGACGGCUACAAGUUGUGGGAGGCCACCAAGAGCUUUGUGUCGGAUGUGGUCAGUCUUUACUACACCAGUGAUGAGAAACUGCAGGGAGAUGAGGAAAUUCAGGCUUUCAUUAAAGACGUGUGCAGCUUUGGUGUGCAGGAUUUCGAUCACUGUGAGUUUCCAAAGUCCCUGAAACUGCGUGAGGAUCUGAUAGAGUACCUGACUGUCAUUAUUUUCACUGCUUCAUCCCAGCAUGCGGCUGUGAACUUUGGACAGUAUGAUUGGUGUUCCUGGAUCCCUAAUGCUCCAUCUACAAUGCGAAGACCCCCUCCACAGCAGAAGGGUUUGGCAAAUGUGGAUUUGAUCAUGGAGAGCCUCCCUGAUCGUGGACGCUCCAGCUGGCACCUGGGCGCAGUCUGGGCCCUCAGCCAAUACCAGGACAGUGAGCUGUUCUUGGGCAUGUAUCCUGAUGAACACUUCACAGAGAAGCCAGUGAAGGCAGCCAUGGAUAAGUUCAGGAAGCAGCUAGCAGAGAUAACAAGCUCCAUCAAGAGGAGGAAUGAGGAAAAGAAGCUACCAUACUACUACAUGUCCCCUGACAAAAUCCCAAACAGUGUUGCUGUUUGAGGAAACUCAGAUCACUGCUUUAUCUUUAGCAACAUUAAUGUUACUGAGCCAUCUAGAUAUGCUGUAGACCUGACUAUUAGGUGACUAAAUGUUCUCUUCUGCAGAGUACAGUUUUUAAAUAUGUGCAUUUCUGUUCUAAUUACCAUGUAGUGCAUCAUUGUUCACAAAACAAGUUUGUGUAACAGAUUAUCAUUCUGGCUGUGUAAAAUAUACUUAAAACAAUAAUAAUAAACAUAGUUAACCACCAUCUUUUACAUCAAGUAGAGAAAAACUAAAUAUAAAAUUGCUAUGUGAUAUGCAUUUCUAAAACAAAUACCUUCACAAUUCAAAUAUGCAAAUUAGUCUGCGUUCAAAAGAGAGAGCCUGUAGAAUGCAUUCAGAUAAGACAGUGGAAAGGAUUUUUUUACUUUCUUCAAGAUGGUAAAUCAACAGAGUGCAGCUAAAGAUGUUGGCUGUUCCCAAUCAGUUGUGUCAAAAUACAACUAGCUUAUAAAAGGGACGGUCUUGUUGGCUUUUUUGUCAGACUCAAGGUAAAAGAAGAAGAACGAAUAAGGCUGCAAGUGGCAAGAUGAAAGUGGAAAAGUAGAAGAGUUUGGCAGGAUUCUUGUAAAGAUGUCGCUUUCAUGAUUCAUCCAGUGAUGUCACUUCCUGGCCUAUCAGUGGCCUGCAGCCUGUGGUAGUCACAUUUUCAGCUUGACUCAGGAACCCCUGCUGAGUGGAUGCUAAAAAAGUACCUGGUACUAUGUGCUACUACCUGAUAGGAAACCCUAAAUACUGAGCCAAGUUAAGAAGAGACAAUACAGGACUGUCGGAAUCAGGACAGAAAACUUAAAGCAAUGUUCCUUGACAAUAGAAAAUGCACAACAAAAGGCAUGGAAAAACAAAUAAACAGUGUGAGUCAAUGUUUUUGACUGAACUUUGAGAAUUCAGCUGGAAGAAAUGGAAUGUAGUUCCAGAAAAGCAAAUGUAAAACGCCAUCAAGAAGUAACAGAAAAUAAACAAGGUUAGCAGACCAAAGAGAAGCAGUCAUGGCUGAUUGGAUGAAAGAGCUUUUUAGUGAUGAAUCAUAAACCUGCACUGGACAAUGAGGUGAUACCAGAUGUUUUUUUUUUUUUGGUGUGUCCAAUGAAAACAUGCAUGAUGCCUGUCUAAAAAGGUAAAUUAUCUCAGUCAUCGUUCAGAUUGGAUUAGUUGUGAGAUAAAGCACUAGGGGAGAUUAUUCGUUAUGUACACUGAAACUUCAAACAUACAUAAAUUUAAUGAUAAUGAAGUUUGAACCUUUGAUUGCUGAAGGCUAUUUUUCAUCAUUGAAAUCCAUUUUCAGGUCAUUUAAGGCAUAAAAACUAGAGCAGUAACUGAAUAUUUUUUCCUCUACUUGAUCUGAAAGGAUAAAAAAAAAAUAUUAACUUUUAGUCAAACUGUUUAUCUGUUAGAUAAAAUAGUUAAAUUUCUGUCAGCACUAGAGAUUCUAUUUUUUUUUUUUUUUUUUGUGGUUUCACGUUUGCGUUUUUAUUUUUGCUGUUUAACACUGCAUCGGAAGCUCAAGAUCAGCAGUAAUGAUAUAAGAUUGUCUGCUAAUAAACAGAAAAACAGCAUC